GAUCACCCAAGUGUCAGAUGCAAUGGAGGAGACAACCAUGGAAGCUGGCACCGCUACUGCCGUCGAAGCGGGCGACUUCGCCCUGCUGCGCGUGGUGAACGAAGGCCAUCGCACACCCGUCUUUUGGACCUUGCGGAAGAUGCACCGAAACGCUUGCCAAUGCUGGUUGCUUCCUCAUUUGGUCAUUAUUUCUUUGUUGAUUGACUUGCUCUCCUUUCCCAUCCGCUGCAUCUUGGGUAUCUCCCCAGACGACAAGCGGCUCCUGUUGCGGUACCAAUUUCGUCCCAGGCCCGACGUUGCCAUGUCGGACGAUUUGAUCACCGACCUCGUCCUGGGCCCGGCGGUGUCCAAGGACUCUCUGGCCUUGGAGAUCGUGGCGCCAGGCAGCGAGGAUCCCAGCUCCACUUCGCUCAGCGCUCUGCGCACGCUUCUGACAUCAGGCGAUGCUACAGGUUUUAAGGAGCUGGCGCGCAGCUACGUCACGCCGAAGUCCUUGGAACCGCGCAGUUGUCCCAACGAGCGCAUGGAGGCCGUCAAAGCAGCGGCCCUGGCCAUCAGCGCGGAGACCUUUCGCCGCGGCGCCGGCGAGGAGACAGAUCCCCCGCAGCUCUCGCAGAAGUGGGUCCAAGUGUUCAUCCACUUUGAUGGACGGGUGCCACUGUACUUUUGCGAUUGGCAAUGGGGCACCUGGUUCUGGUAUUGUGGCCGGCGCUAUCCACUGUUUCCCGUUGGUAUCUUUUUCGUCAUGUUCGCCCUGCUUUGCAACCUGGCGGACGUAAUGAUGGCUCCCUUCAUCGGCAUCAUGUACCUCGUUUUGGGAAGCAAAGGGCUGCAGUGGGACGCAGAGGGCAAGCAUGAAGUGAAGGCGUAUUUGUACACCCUUGAUCAGGGCGGAGAAGGUGUCGAGUAUAAGACGGAAGGCUAUAUGGCGGUGCUGCGCAGUGACUAUAACGGCCCAUCCUACAUCACAGGCUUCAACAAGUGCUGCCGUAGCAGCUACCAGCGCUGGGCCCUCAAAGAGCUGCUGCGUAGCUUCGAAGUACCACAGGAAGUGAACUUGUACCAGGACUUUGGUUGUUACUUCAUGGCCACCGAGCUUCAACUCAUUACACGUGAAGAGAUGCUGAAGAAGAUCCAAGGGGUUCAAACAACCUGUGGUUGCUGCUGUUGACAUCCACGGGUCCUGCGUCCGAAGAAUAUCACAGCGGGAGCUGGAGAUUAUGCAAGUUUAUUCGAAUUCGAGGAAUGGCACAAGAUGGCUAUUCUUUGUCAGAUUGUCAGAUUCCUUUUUUAAAGGUGGUGGCAGCCCUGCUUUGGCCAUAUGAGGCAAUAUGACC